CUUCUUAGAUUAUUCUCAUGUCCUUGAUCCACAAGGGGGUUGGGGAGAGAAAAAGUUUGAAGCCUCCAUUAGUUUCGGGCUGGCGAGGGGAGCAGCAUUUGCAACACGUUCCGCCCACACUUCGUGACGCUUCAUGUUGUCAAUUCAACCACCAAAACACUGGCGGCUGUUUUCUUUAUUUUCACCCAAAGGUCAGAAAGCCAAUCGGACGUGUUUUACAUUUAGACACGCCAUUGGCGAGCCCCGUGCGGGGAAAGUCUGACGCAGAAACAGAUGAAGUGGGAAAAGGAAUCGGCGCGAGCUUUUGAUUUGAGGGUUACACGGGACCGUGUAUGGUCGCCGAUUGAGGAUUACCUGAAGCUGAGGUGGGAAUAGAGCGUGUCAGGAGAGGUCGGCAAACCGAGGAGGGCCCGGAGGCUGAGAGACUCACACUCUCUCCAGCCAUGGGGACGGGACAGAAGCUAAACAGUUUCAGAGCUCAGUCAGCCUGACUCCUCCCGCGUUCAUCCACUUGGGAAAACAAGGGUCACCGGGAGGAGGAGCAGGGUGGAUAAAUGAUGGAAAAUCUAGCACUGUUGGAAAAUAGCCCUCAAAUUGGGAAUUGAUGCUGCAACUUCUCUAGUAAAAGGACCUGAGGAGGGUUUACUUCACAAGGGGACAAGAUACAACUGAAGACUUUCCUACCUCCAAGAGAUUUUAAACAUGAUUACACUCAGCGGCCAAUAUACUUAAUUUUCUCGAAUUCAAUCAUUUAACAAACGCACCUGAAUUGCGCGAUGAGGAAGUGCUUUUAAAAGAAAAAAAUUGAGAUUUGCACCUUUUUAAAGGAGCCGACCCUAGUAAGCUAGGGAUGACAGUCCAGCGGAAAGCCCCUGGUACAGUCUGGUGGUGAAGAGACAGCCGACACUAUCUGGGUGUGGAGCGCUUACUGGAACUGCAAGUUUACAAAUCAAUGCCAACUCCACUGGACUGGAAAUUUAAACCAAUUCGGGACGGCACUGCCAACAAGUAUUGGCAAGCGAACAGGAUGGCGCGGUGAGGAAAACUGUUCGCUCCGGAGCGCAGUUUUGGAUAUGCGCUGGUAGUGGACACACGCGGGGACAGAGAGCGUCUGCACUAUACCGUACACCAAGAGACAGCAACCUACAUUGAGUGGUGCACGCUGGCAGUUCGAGACAAAAACGCAUCCAGAACUGGAGGCAAUACAGCUCAGUCAAACUGGUGGUAAUAUAACGCGGAAACUCGGAGCACUGGCGCACAGCCAGAACUGGGCGUGCCGGCCUCUGUGAUUCAACCCUCGCACCGUUUCAGGGCCUGUGACCUACACACCUGAGGAGGACGUCACCUGGAGAUGGGUGGUCAGAGAAAAAUUUAAAACGAUGUGAACUGCUAGUUGUCAAUACACGAUGCACCUGCUUGAUGGAUGUCAUAGGAGACAGAUACCAGUGCUUCUCAGUGUGAUCUAUGUUCUACUUAUUUGGACCAAAGAGAUGGGCGCUUCAGGUAUUUUUUCAGAUUACUUAUCCAAAGUUUUGCGUCGUCAUACAGAGCAAGCUUGUGAUGGUGGCCACCUAAACCUAUAUUGCCCUCGAGGUACAACAAUAAGUAUACAGUCAGCAUUCUAUGGACGUAAAGUGCCAAGUUCCCUCUUGUGUCCUGGUUCACAUCCCAGAAGUAGAGUGGAAGAAAAUCUAAACUGCACAGCACCAACCACUUUACAGAAAAUACUGGACGAAUGCCAGGAUCAGCAAUCCUGCCAGCUUCUUGUCAAUAGACGUGUUUUUGGACUUGACCCUUGUCCAGGCACCAGCAAAUACCUCCUUGUGUCCUACAAAUGCAAGCCAAAUGAGUACAAAAGCAAAGUCACCUGUGAGGGGAAAGCACUUAAACUGCGCUGUAAAAACUCUACAUUGAUCAACAUCUAUUCUGCAACGUAUGGCAGAAUGAUGAAUGGAAAUAAGGCUUGCCCUUCAAACCUUAAACUGCCUGAUAUAGAAUGUUUAUCGCACACUGCCCUGGAAGUUGUAUCUACAAACUGUUACGGUAAACAAAACUGUAAAAUUAUUGCUAGCAGCCACUAUUUUGGAGACCCUUGUUUUCCUGGAACACGGAAGUAUCUCAGUGUCAUCUAUGUAUGUGUUUCCAAACUGUUACUACAGGAAGCUGAUCCAAAUUUCUCUGGUCUUACACCUUCAUGGGUUUAUAAUGAAAAUGCCAAUAAAUCCUUGCGUCCUCAAGAAUCCAGCUUUUCUUUGAAAGAAGGCAAAAUUGUUAUCAGCACCCUGGUUACAUUUGCUUACAUCAAAAAUAAUCCAGAAAUGGUCGGUUUGUUGUUUGUAUCCAGUGUCUGCAUUGGCUUGAUCUUCAUAUUGUGCAUAUUAGUGAUUCGAGUGUCCUGCCGACCAGAUCUACAAAAGAUUUGCAACAAGAACUCUAAUGAUAGGAAAAUGGAUUGUUGUCAGGAUGAGAAUGGAGAUGAGGGUAACAGUAAUGAUGAUGAAGAUGAAAGCAGUGAUGAUAAUGAAGAAAGUUCUUUGGACUUCACCUUUGAAGGAUUAACAAAACUCUACAGGAUAACAGGAUCUAACAUCAAUGAAGCAGCAGAGAUUGCUGAACGCAUAGAACGUCGAGAUAGGAUUAUACAAGAAAUCUGGAUGAAUGGAGGUUCAGAACUGCCUGUGAUUAGGAAUCUUAACCAGUAUUAUUGAUAACUAAAGAUAUGAAAAUCAUCGGUGUAGAGGAAUUUGGCAGUUUAUUAUUGUGGACACGUCACAGCAUACCCUUUAUUAUAACUGCAAAACACUUUGUUUUAAUUUCUAUUGAUCACUUUAGUUACGGUUCCUUCUAUGAAGGAAAUUAAUUAUUGUAAAAUGUAUUAAGUAAAGUUACAAAUGAAUAUUUUUAACAGGGUGACAUCUUUUAGCCAGACCUCAACUUCCAAGAAAGCACUGUGAACAAUUCAUUUAGUUUACUGUAAGUUUAAAAGUUUCAAACACUGCAAUCCAGGCAUCUUGAUAUUGAAUCAGGUUAGUUUUGCAUCAUUGCCAUUCUAAAGCUGAUUUAUUCCAUCUUUGAUAAAAUCAGAUCAGAUUCCUUAGAUUUAGUGAUGCAAAUGUUACUCAUAGUCUGAAUAACAGCAACAAAAAGCUAAAGGAUUAGUGAAUAGUUUCAGUGUACCAUAUCCUUACAAUCAAUUUGAGCUUUCUGCUAAAAAUAUUGUUUUGAUCAUAAGAAAUCAUUUUUGAAUAUUUUCAAUGUAUCUAAUUCCUAAAGGCAGCAAUGUAAAUAAUGAUACUUCCAAUCUACUUCUUU